GAGCACAUAGGGGCGAGGUGUGAGAGAUAGCGGUUUCCUUUCCGCCCCGCCCCUAGGCCCGCCCCCUCUCCAGGUCUAGAGGGACCCGGGCCGAGAGGCGCUACCCAGCCCAGAGUCUCCUUGGGACCCCGGCUGGUCUAGGAGGUCGCGGAGCGCACGGGAGGCUCGGAGGCUGGACGGCAGCUGGAGCUGAAUAAUUUCCAAAAUGGCACCAAAUUCUAAAGGAAAUGAUUACAAUCAAAGCUCUCAGGAUGCUUUGUUGCCAGAUCUUCCUAAAGGACCAUUAUGUAUAUACAGAGCAAAAUCAUCCUUCAAUUGGAAGGAAUUGUUGUUAUUCUUGGAUGGAGAAGACAUGAUCAUUUUAAAGAAAAGAAUCUUCUCAGCCUUUGAAAAUGAUCCCCUCUUUGCUCAUCACCCUGGAGAAGAAUUGUCUAUUGAGAAGUAUCGUGAGCUAAACUUUCUGCGCUGUAGAAGACUUUUUGAAUACGACUUUUUUAGUAUACAAGAGAUGAUGAAGAAUCCACUGAAAAUUUUUAUGCUGAUUAACUGCCUAGGGAUGUAUGAUUGGUCCUUAUCUGUCAAAUACUUUUUAAAUACAUAUGUUUUUGCUUCUACUAUUCAUAAUUCUGGGUCUCAAAGACAUAUGCAUUUUAUUGAGAAAACCUUAAACAUGGAGAUUUUUGGAUGUUUUGCUCUGACUGAAGUAAGUCAUGGGAGUAAUACCAAGGCUAUUCGAACAACUGCCCAAUAUGAUCCCACCACUCAGGAGUUCAUCAUCAAUUCUCCUGAUUUUGAAGCUUCCAAAUUUUGGAUUGGUAAUAUGGGAAAGAACGCCACUCAUGCAGUUGUAUAUGCCCAGUUGUAUACCCCAGGAGGCCAGUGCCAUGGAUUGCAUUCUUUUGUUGUACAGAUACGAGAUCCAAAAACACUUCUUCCAAUGCCAGGAAUCAUGGUCGGUGACAUGGGGAAGAAACUCGGACAGAAUGGUUUGGACAAUGGAUUUACCAUGUUUGAUAAUGUUAGAAUUCCCCGGGAAAACCUGCUGAACCGAACAGGUGAUGUUACCCCGGAGGGAGUCUACAACACUUCCUUUAAGGAUAAACGACAAUGUUUUGGUGCUUCACUAAGUUCCCUGUCUGCUGGUAGAGUUUGCAUUAUAGGAAUGUCUGUGGUGAAUUUGAAACUGGCCCUAUCAAUAGCAAUUCGUUUCUCAGCAACUCGCCAUCAGUUUGGACCAAGUGAUGAUGAAGAAAUUCCAGUCCUUGAAUAUCAAAUGCAGCAAUGGCGCCUGAUUCCUUAUUUGGCAGCUACAUAUGCCUUAGACCAUUUCUCAAAAACUUUGUUCAUGGACUUGGUAGAACUUCAGCUAGGCCUUUUACAAAAUGAUAAAAGUAUCAGGCAGGCCGAACUUGGACGUGAAAUUCAUGCAUUGGCAUCUGCUGGUAAACCGCUAGCUUCCUGGACUGCCCAGCAAGGAGCUCAGGAAUGUCGAGAAGCUUGUGGAGGACAUGGCUAUUUGGCCAUGAAUCGUUUGGGUGAUAUUAGAAAUGACAAUGAUCCAAACUGUACCUAUGAAGGAGAUAACAAUAUCCUGCUUCAGCAGACCAGCAACUAUUUACUGAACUACAUUACAGACAGACAUCAAGAUAAAACUCAUAUUGAAAGUCCACUGGAAUCUGUAAAUUUCCUUGAAGAUUUUAAAGAUGUUCUUGGCCAGAAAUUUAAGAUAUCCAGAGUUGAAGAUUGCAUGGAUUCUUCAGUUUCUCUGGCAGCAUACAAGUGGUUGGUUUGUUACCUCCUACGAGAGAGUUAUCAAAAAUUAAAUCAGGAAAGAAAAUCUGGAAGUGAUGAUUUUGAAGCACGCAACAACUGCCAGGCGUACUACUGCCAUUCCCUCGCUCUUGCUUUCAUUGAGCUCACCGUGUUACAGAGGUAUCAUGAAUACACACACCAUUCCAGCACACCGGCUUCUCUUCAGCCAGUCCUGCAACGUCUCAGUGCUUUAUACGGACUGUGGUCUCUAAGUCGGCACAUGGCCGUGCUCUAUCAAGGUGGAUAUUUUUCUGGUGAACAAGCAGGUAAAAUGGUAAAGGAUGCUAUUUUGGACCUGUGUGCAAAGCUGAAAGAUGAUGCAGUUGCCCUGGUAGAUGUCAUCGCUCCUCCGGACUUCAUUCUGAACUCACCAAUUGGCAGGGCCGAUGGCGAGUUGUAUAAAAACCUCUGGACCGCUGUCCUUCAGGGAAGCAAAGUCCUAGAGAGGGCAUCAUGGUGGACAGAAUUUUCUACCUAUAAACCCACGAUAGGAAGUUUGAAAUCAAAACUCUAGGUCCAGCAUAAAUGCCAAGGCACCAUUUAGACAUUUAUCCUUGAGCAUCUGCAUCAUUUCUACUUAUAAAGAUCCUGGACUCAGAGGGCUAUCACUCAGGCAUCCCAUUUGACUACUUCCAGAAGACUUUGAACAGCACCACCAUUUUCUGGGACAGCACAUCUACUCUUACCAAUCAGUUCCAGAUGUAGAAGCACCAAUCUUGUUUAACAGUAUUUGCUUCCCUUGCAUGGUCAAGGGGUAACAUUUAAUUUACCAUUAUAAUUCUCAUGCUUAUCAUGAUUUGCUACAUAAAAUGGAAACAAGGUAAAGUAUAUCAACCUUGAUGAUGGAAUAGACCAUUUAGGUAAUUUGAACUUCAUGUCUCUAUUUUCAUAUUUAAAUCUCUUGAGCAUAGCCACUCAUUAAGUGCCUUCUUCGUAAAAUUUAUUGUAUUAAUUGCUCAGGGAGAUAACAAAUAUAAAGAAGACAAAGUCCUUCAAGGGGCUUAUAGUCUAAUAGAAUCUGAUAAAUAUGUAUAUGGAUAAAUAUAAUUCAUAUUAGAAUAUGGUACAGGUAAAAGAAGAAUUCAAAAUGUUAGGAAAUAAAAUUAAGGAGAUGUCACUUCCUGGCAGGGGAAAUUAACGAAGACUUGGUGGAGGAGGAAGCAUUUGAAGAAUAUAAACAGGUCGAGGUGGCAAAGGAGGACAUUCCAUAUGAGCAAAGACUUGGAAGGUGGAAAGCAUGGGCUAUGUGCCUUGCCCAAAGUUGGUGCUCAGCAAACAUUGAUUCCUUGUCCAGGGAUUCUAUGCCAUGGGUUUCUUAAAUUGAUCUGGGAAUGUCUAUUUCACUAAGGACUUCAUUGUGCCAUGUGAUAUCUGCUCUAAAUUCAGAUUAGCUUCCUUGACAAGAUCAUUGCAAUUCAAUUUCCUUAAUCUGGACUAAAUGAAAGAACAUGAAGUCUGAAUUAUGGAUUUGGGGGAGCAUUGUGGUUUCAUUUCUUUUAAGCAUUUAACUGGAACUAACCAUUGAGAAAGUGUUGUUAAGAAGAAAGAAGAAAUGUAGACCUCAGUUGCUAGAUCAUUGCUAAUUUGAGACAUUCAUUGUAUCCAUUUGUUCUCUUCGAUGAUUACACCUGUUUCUCCUCUUCAUCAGGUGAAAUAAUCUACUACAAUUUUAUUUAUAGUAUUCAUUUGCUUAGUAACCUGUUUUCCAUAAGUAACAUAAGGAUAAUUUCAGGCCAGGUUCAUUUUCUAUAAAUCCUGAAUUUAAUAGAAUUGGAAUGAACUCUAACUAAAUCUGAUCACAAUUGAACAAUGAUAAAGCCAAGUUUAAAAUGUUAAUUAGAUAAAAGACAUCUUUUAUUUUUUUUUUUUAGUUCCUGCAGUUUUAUUCAUUCUUGUAUUUAUUUGAGGCAUUUCUUGGACAUCAUUGUAUCUGCAAUAAAUAGUGUUGAUUAGGUUCCUAACUAAAAAACUAGGGUCAAACUGGUCCUUCCUGGAUACAGGUUAGACUCAGUCUUCUAUUCAAGUGGGAGUUGCAAUUUUUGUUCCUUUGUUACUUGGUUUUUCAAAGUAUGCUUUUUCAAAAACCCAUAGAUUUUAGACGGAAAGUGUUAGAUUAUAAAUCAUCUAGUCCACUCCCCUAAUUGUAUAGAAGAGUAAACUGAAGCCUAGAGAGUACAAAGGAGUAGAGCUGGGACUUAGCACUUAGGACUACUUGGUGAACAAACACGGUCAUUUCAUUUUUAAGCGCUUUGAAAAUCAGUCUCCUACUCUUAGCAAAAUUACAAACUAUUCACAAGACUAGAUUUCUCUGACCUAAUAAGACUGAAGAAUAUCCAGUGAAAGGCAAGCAGUAUAGUAAGAAGGCUCAAAACCAUGCUGGGAUAUGUCGAAGGAACUAGGGAUGUUGAGCCUAUUAAGUCCAUUUUCUCACUUGGGUCAUAUUUUUAAAUGAGCAUCUGACAUAACUUCAUUAUGGUCAUGAGGUGGAGGGUACAAGCACUAUCCUUGCAUUCACCUAGGCUCACAUCCUAGGUGUCAGCUUGAAUCCUCUGUCUCAUGCCCUUUCCCCCAUAUUAGUCAUUAGUUCCUAUCUGCUCUCGUAAGAUCUCUCUUUUUAGACCCCCUUCUCUCCUCCGACACUGCCACCAUCCUAUUGCAGGGCCUCAUCACAGCACACCUGGACUAUGGAAAUAGACUUCUGAUUGGUAUCCCUGUCUCAAGUCUCUCUCCAUUCAGCCAUCAAAAACUCUGGUGGCUCCCUGUCACCUCCAGGAUCAAACAUAAA